AUGCGAGUUAUACCCAAGCGCUCCAAGAAGGAACAAAGGAAAUACGAACCAGGCAUCCAGCCGCCAACCACGCCACAAAAGAUACCCCCCGCAAAGGAAACACCACAAGGUGCUGAGACACCAGUAUGUCCGAAUUCGCCAAUCGCAGAUGAUAUUUUAGUAGUUGUCCGAACAGGUGCAACGGAAGUGCUUGAGAAGUUACCCGUCCAUUUCGAGACCACACUUCGUUGUGUGCCGGAUUACAUUGUCUACUCCGACGUGAAAGAGGAGGUUGACGGAAAUCAAAUACACGAUGUUUUCGAAGGCAUCAGCGAUGAACUCCGAGCUUCAGUACCAGAGUUUAAGCUCUACGACCACCUCAAGACUCAUGGAAGAGAGGGCUUGAAAAACACGACGCAUCUCGGAAGCGGACCAGGAGGAUCACUAGACAAUCCGUCAUGGAAACUGGAUCGCUUCAAAUUCCUACCCAUGGUCGACAAAGCACUCAAUUACCGUCCAAAUGCGAAGUGGUUCGUGUUCAUCGAAGCCGACACCUACAUGGUCUGGCAGAAUGUCCUCCAGUACCUGAGUCACUUCAAUGCCGACCAGGCAUUGUAUAUGGGAAAGCACAUGUACAUCGGCGACACACUAUUCGCACACGGCGGAUCCGGAUUCGUACUCUCCUCCACCGCCAUGCGCAAAGUAACAGAACGAAGAAACGCCAAUCUCGCCGAGUACGACGCAUUCACGAACAAGAGCUGGGCAGGCGACAUGGUACUAGCCACAGCCCUACGCGAAGUCAGCGUCCCUCUAUUCUGGGCAUUCCCCCAUUUCCAAGGCGAGCCAGUAUCAUCACUCGACCACAACGCAUCGAAGAUAGGUCGAACGCCUUGGUGCUACGCCCCAAUCACAUACCACCACAUGCGCCCAACCGACAUCCAAUCUCUAUGGACCUUCGAGCAAACGCGCCAACAAAACGGCCAAACCCAACUCCUCCACCGCGACGUCUUCAAAGAGUACAUACUCCCCCGCCUCUCCGCCAAACUCGACGACUGGGACAACCUAUCCAUGGACGUAGAGCCCGACGACUCAGGCCCCUUUGAGAAGUGCAAGUUCAUCUGCGAAUCUAAACCGACAUGUCUCCAGUUCUCCUACGCUGCAGGCAAAUGCUCUACGUCUACAAGCGUCACGCUGGGUGAGAGUGCAAAGACACGGUGUGUAGAGUAUUCUAGCGCAGCGAGCAAGUGCAUUCGCUGGCAAGAAGGCACACAAUUUGCGGGUUCGAUUCAGUCAGGGUGGAUGAUGGAUCGGUUGGAGCAGUACGUGCUGGACAUGGAUAGUACGUGUAGUGGCACUGAGGGGGAGAGGUGGGUCGCUUGA